AUGCUGAGGAUUUCUGAGCUGAGGUCUGGCAUACAAGAGGCACUCCACGAUGACCCCGAUGUUGCCUCAAAAUCGCUCAAGGAACAGUUCGAGAAACUACUCCUUCAACCUUUACUCAACGUUGACCAAGUCGGACGACAACCUCAAACCGCUGUGUUUGUGAUCGACGCUUUAGACGAAUGUGAAAAUGAUCAAGAUAUUCGAACCAUAAUUCAAUUACUGCCUCUUCUACAGAAGGUUAAAGCGGUUCGCCUUCGGAUCUUCUUGACUAGCAGGCCUGAAGUCCCAAUUAGCCUCGGCUUUUCAACGAUCACGGAUCAUGAAUAUCAGAACCUAGCUCUUCAUGAUAUACCCGAAGAAGUGACAGAACACGACAUACAUCUAUUCCUACAGGACCGCUUUGCGAAGAUCAAAUACGACAGAAAUAUUUCCCAAGACUGGCCCGGCGAUGACGUCAUCCAAGAAUUGGUCACGAUGUCCGUUCCACUGUUUAUUUCGGCUGCCACUGUUUGCCGUUACAUUGAAAAUUCAAAAUGGGAACCCAAAUUGCGCCUCGCAGAGCUUCUAACGAACCAAGCCAAAUACGUAUCAAGAAUGGAUAAGACUUACCUGCCAAUUCUGACCCGACUACUGGAGGAUCAAGAGAGUGAUAAAUCUGAUGAAUCGGAGCAGCAGCAGCUCUUGCAGGAGUUCCAGGACAUAGUCGGUGUCAUCAUCCUUCUUGCUGUUCCGCUUUCUAUAAAUGCACUGUCGCUAUUUCUUGGGAUAGGAGCAGACCAGAUCAGCAAUCGAUUGGAUUCGUUCCGAUCGGUUUUAAGCAUUCCCGAUGACCGAGAUCGGCCUCUUAGGAUUCUACAUCUAUCAUUUCGGGAUUUUUUAGUCCAGCCUAGGACCAAGUUUUAUGUGGAUGAGCCAAGAAAGCAUAAAGACAUUGCUAAGUCGUGUCUCAAAACCAUGCGGAGUCGUCUACAGAAAGAUAUCUGCAAUUUAGCAAGCCCAGGAACGCGUAGGGGAGACAUCGACCCUCAACAUAUUCGCCAGUAUCUUCCACCAGAAUUACAAUAUUCUUGUCGCUACUGGAUACACCAUCUCGACCAAAGUCAGGCUUUAUCUUCCGAGAUGGAAGAUGUGCGAAUAUUUCUCCAGAAGCAUUUUCUGCACUGGGUGGAAGCGAUGAGCCUGCUGGGCCUUAUAUCGGAGGCGGUGGGUAUGCUUGAUCUCCUCCAUACGACUCUACCAGGCGACGACAAUUCCGUUAUGGCAGAUUUUCUGCAUGAUGGAAAGCGCUUUCUUCUUAAGAAUCACCAGAUAGCCGAUGAAGCACCGCUUCAGAUUUAUUGCGCAGGACUGGUAUUUGCACCCCAAAGGACGAUAAUCCAUAGGGAGUUCAAACCAGACCUUCCUAGUUGGAUCUGCCAAUUCCCACAAGUUCCAGAAAGCUGGAGCGCAGAAUUGCAGACUCUCGAGGGCCAUGCAGACUCGGUUCUGUCGGUGGCCUUCUCGCCCGACGGCCGGCUGCUGGCGUCUGGUUCUAAUGAUAACACAGUGCGGCUCUGGGACACAGCGACGGGCGCCCUGCAACAGACUCUCGAGGGCCAUACGGAAUGGGUUCUGUCGGUGGCCUUCUCGCCCGACGGCCGGCUGCUGGCGUCUGGUUCUCGUGAUAACACAGUGCGGCUCUGGGACACGGCGACGGGCGCCUUGCAGGAAACUUUGGACACCGAGACAAUGAUCCAAGAACUCGAAUUUUCUCUAGAUGGUACAUAUCUAAUCACCAAUCUAGGCACCCUCCAUAUUCCGUCCGAGCAGCUGUUCCGCGAUUAA